AAAAAAAAUUACUCAAAAAGAAGAAGACAGUACCAUACCACCAAACUCACAGAAGAAGAGAAGGCAAGUUUUCAAAGAAACCCAGAAGAAAACUCUUCACAACAAGGUCGUCGUUGCUUUCUCCUUCACUGCGAUGAUCAACGGUGGCCCAUCUGGUUUCACAAAUGCUCCUAUCACAAGGGCUUUCAUCGUCGCUUCGGCGCUUUUCACAAUCUUCUUCGGGAUCCAGGGUCGUUUCAACACGUUGGGGUUGUCUUAUCAGGAUAUCUUUGGAAAGCUUCGCCUUUGGAAGUUGAUUAUAUCCAUAUUUUCCUUCUCGUCAACACCGGAGUUGAUGUUUGGACUGUAUCUGCUAUAUUACUUCAGGGUCUUUGAGAGACAAAUAGGUUCCAAUAAAUACUCGGUAUUUAUUGCGUUCUCCGUAUUAAAUUCACUACUGUUUGAGGCUGUUGCUGUAGCACUUUUAAAAGAUCCGACUGCAAACCUAGUCACUCCGGGACCUUAUGGCCUUAUAUUUGCUUCAUUUGUACCCUUUUUCUUUGACAUUCCAGUUUCUACUCGGUACCGUGUAUUUGGUUUCCAUUUCUCAGAUAAGACAUUCAUAUAUCUAGCAGGUCUUCAGCUUCUAUUGUCGUCAUGGAAAAGGUCCAUUUUACCAGGGAUGUGUGGCAUCCUUGCUGGUUCCUUAUACCGCUUGAAUGUCUUUUACAUCCGGAAAGCAAAGAUCCCAGAGUUGAUUGCAUCAUUCUUUUCACGGCUUUCUUUGCCAUCUAUGGGGAGUCCUCGUGCCCCAUCAACAAGGAAUGUUGUGGGGAACAUUCCAUCCUACCCAGCUCGCCCAGUGGAGAGAAACUAUCCUGCUCCAAAUCAAUCUGCAGUAGAACCAUCAGAGGACUCAAUCGCCACUCUCGUUUCUAUGGGCUUUGAUAGGAAUUCAGCCAGACAAGCCUUAGUGCAGGCCAGAAAUGAUGUCAAUGUGGCUACAAACAUCCUACUGGAGGCACAGUCCCAUUAAUGGCAUAAAUUUUCUGCAUCAAAGAGUGCCAGAUUAUUCUAAACUGAUAGAUGGAAGUCCAAUCAUGAAGUGUUGGAAAUUGACUAAUUAUGAUGUGAGGAUGCUCGUGAACUUGGCCAUUCUUGGUAUCAUCCUACAGGAUUCCUCAUUUGGAGGACCAUUUUUCCCACCUUAACUUUGAAUGUCUUAGAUAUCAAUCUUAGAACUGGUAUUGAUAGAUAAAUCAGUGAGAAUUAGGAGCCUGUACAAAUUUACUUGCAGCAUAUUGAAAUCAUGCGUGUCCUUUUAUGAA